AUGCGUGCCAGUAUUCCUGUCCUGAUAUGUUUAUCAGUCUUAAGUAUUCUUAUUAAAACACUUUUUCUUGUUAACGAAUCGGUAGAACCUUGUUCCAAACUAUGUCCUUAUUGGAGUAAGUUAACCAAUAAGGCACUCCAAUUCAGCACUUCACACACUAUUCGACAUUUUCCCGAUUUUGUUUGUCCGCAAAAUUUUCGAAACCUCGCUGACUGGGUGUAUGCAUGGCCUGAUCAAUUUCAUGAAUCUCUUAACGUUCCAACGGAUAAUGGAAGGUCCAUAGCGCCGUGUUUGCCAUCUGGUAGUAUAAUCUACGUUCGUAUAUGGGAAAUCGAUAGCUUCUUUCGCUUCAUAUAUCCUUAUUUAAUCAAUGAAUUUGUAUUGGUAACAGGCGAAGGUGAUAUGUCGUCACCCACACAUUUAACUCAUCUUGUUGAACCAAAUUCAAAGAUAAUUCAUUGGUUUGGACAAAAUGGGCAAUAUGACGUUUCUGCUUAUGAAAAAUUUACUCAUUUACCAAUCGGCAAGUACUUCGUUAGUGCAAGAAUAUUAAAUAUAUAA